AAUAUCAAUUAAAUUAACCUCAAUAAAAUUCUCACCCCAAAAAUAUCCCCAUGGCCUAUAAAUAUGGUACUCAAUAAUUGAUAGAGCAAUAUGUAAUAUGUAAAGCAAACUCAUUUGACUCCAAGCACCUUUCAAAUUUUAGAAACCAUGAAAAACAACAAAAUAUCAAUUCUUCUAGUUCUUAUCUUUUUCAUCACUUCAUCUUUUUGUUCCGAUCCAGAUCCAGUUCUGGAUUUCUGCAUAGCCAAACCACAAGAAAGUUGCAAAAACUCAUCCACAGCAACCAUUGAAGACUUCACUUUCUCCGGCAUAAAACUUCCCGGAAACUUCAAACAAACCGGAUUUUCAUCCCUGGGAGUGAAUUCAAACGUGUUUCCAGGUUUGAACACUCUUGGAGUUUCGUUUGUGAGAGCUGAUUUUGACGUUGGCGGUGUCAAUGUCCCUCACUUUCAUCCAAGAGCAACAGAAGUUGCUAUUGUGAUGGAGGGGAAAAUCUAUUCGGGAUUUGUUGAUACUAAGAACAAGAUUUUCGCUAAGGUUUUGGAGAAAGGUGAGGUGAUGGUUUUUCCAAGAGGACUUGUGCAUUUUCAGAUGAAUGUUGGUGAUGUUCCUGCUACCAUUUUUGGGAGCUUUGAUAGCCAGAAUCCUGGUUUGAUGAAAAUUCCUAAUGUUGUCUUUGGAUCUGAGAUUAAAGAUGAGCUUUUGGAAAAAGCUUUUGGAUUUAAUUCUAAGGAGCUUUCUAAGUUGAAGAAGAGGUUUUCUCCUACAACCUAAUAAUAGCUUGUAUGAAAUUGAUUUUUUGACAUCAAUGUUUUGAUGUUGAAUAUUGUUUAUGAUGUAAAAGAGAUAGAGAUAAACAUAUUUAUGAUUAAAUCAAAUAUGAUUUUUAUAUGA